UAAUGUUGAAAGAAGAAGAUGAAUCCAGCGGAAGAAGAUGUGCUAGUUUCGCUUCCGAGUGACCUAUUUAGCUUCUCCUAUUAGCUUCAGUAAUAAUCUUUAUGUCCAACAAUGGAACUGGCCGUUCCAAAUUUAGCAGUCUACAUUUUUUGAUGGCUAGUGUCAGAUUUUUCACUCAAGAAGCGGCACAAAACUAAAGAGCAUUGCCAGCUCAAGGCGUAGCUAAACAGGCUAGCUGUUGUUAGCAACUCUGUCUUGGCUAGGCUGUUGACGAUUAAAAUGAGUUGUCAAACGUCUAACGUUUACGUUAGCUGCGUUGUAAAUUCAUUUGUGUAGUUUGUGCUGUUCGUGUUAGCCGGUGAGCUGAGUAUCGAUUGCUGCUUGAUAAAACUUUACACGUUUAGGUAUCUUGGCUCAGCUGGGUUCACUCUUGGAGCUCCCUUGGAUGUUCAGUGCGUCAGGAAGUGACUCCUCAGCCCCAUGUCUGCUGAGGCUUCAGUUGGCAGUGAUGCUGCUGACUCGGCCCCAUCUGAUGUUUCCCAGCCUGCCUUCCACAGCACAGAAGAGCUCAGACACCGGGGUCUGCUGGGAAGCAAGUACGUCAAAUUAAAUGUGGGCGGUUCGCUGCAUUAUACAACCGUCCAGACGUUAAGCAAGGAGGACAGUCUGUUGCGGAGCAUAUGCAACGGAGGAACAGAGGUUACCAUAGACUCAGAAGGCUGGGUGGUUUUGGAUAGGAGUGGCCGACAUUUUGGACUUGUUCUGAACUUCCUGCGAGAUGGCUCAGUACCGCUUCCAGAGGACCACAGAGAGCUCGAUGAGGUUUUAAAGGAGGCCCAGUACUAUCGCGUCCAGGGACUCGUCCAGCACUGCCUCACGGCCUUGCAGAAACAAAAGGAUGUCUUUGAAAGUGUUUGUCGCAUCCCCAUGAUCACCUCGGCCAAAGAAGAACAGAAGAUGAUCGCUACUUGUAGAAAGCCAGUCGUAAAAUUGCAGAACAACAGAGGAAACAACAAGUACUCUUACACCAGCAACUCUGACGAUAACCUGCUGAAGAACAUCGAACUCUUUGACAAACUUGUGCUGCGAUUUAACGGACGCGUCCUGUUUGUCAAAGAUGUGCUGGGGGAUGAAAUCUGCUGUUGGUCUUUCUACGGUGAAGGCCGCAAGAUUGCUGAAGUAUGCUGCACUUCCAUUGUCUACGCCACAGAGAAGAAGCAGACCAAAGUUGAGUUUCCUGAGGCUCGAAUCUUUGAAGAAACCCUCAAUAUCCUCAUUUAUGAGAACGGCAGAGGAUCUGGUCCGGGAGGCUUACACCUUUUAGAUUCAAGAGGCUCGGGGUCAUCACUGGGAGCUGGCCAAUCGGAGGAAGAGGGCGUUGUGGGAGGGGACAGGCGAGUAAGACGGAUCCACGUCAGGAGACACAUAAUGCACGAUGAGAGAGGGCACGGUCAGCAAACUGUGUAUAAAGACUGAUAAUGUGAAAAACGUGAGACUUUUCCUGUUGGAUGCGAGCAGACUGAAAGAUGGUUUUGAUCAGAGCAAUAGGUUGAUAGUUAAUAGUUGUGUCACUGCAGAAAUGAAAGGGUUGAUGGUUGAUUUGUAAUUGAAGUACGACUUGUCUGGGGAUGAAAAAUGCUUCUGUUUACAAGAAAACAAAUUGUGUACAUUAUUUAAAUAGAAAUAGGAAAUGUGUAAAAUGACCUGGGAUGUGAAACUGGCAUAGAUAUGACUUUGCAAAUGUUAAGGAACCUCCUGCACCUAUAGGUAGAUUUUAUUCCUCGAGCAGACAGCCUGCUGUUAAUGUGGCUGUUAAUGAUAUGCACUGGCACCCUCCUCUGUGUGUGACUUGUAGGAAACACUGUGUCAGUCUGAUUAUUCAGGUCCUGAAACAUCUGUUGCCUUUUUCAGAAGUUGGACUGAUGUAUGCUGCCCGAUGAACAGAGGAAAGUCAAGUUUGGUUUGAUGUGCUAACACUGGAAUAAGACUGAGUAGCCAUUUUUAGUGAGGUCAUCUAAGAAUGAGAUUGUUGAGCAGCUCCAUUUUCUUUAUUUAAAUUAUUACUGCUGUUGCUUCGAGAUGUUUUUUAUUAAUUAAUUUAUGAACCUAAUUUAUUGUUUGGUAUUUAACGUAUUGUAUGCAAUCUUCGUGUUUAAUUAGUGCUCAAGUGAGGUUUAAUUUUUGGGAUAAUACGAUGCACUCUAUGGCACACGUCCGCUUUUCAAUUUGCUCCUGUAAAUGACUUAAUGGUGAACUUACAUUUCAGUUUAAAGUUUCAAGAGGAACCAUGACCAUUUCUUUGAUAUUGUUUUAUUCUGAGCCAUGAUCUUUCACUUUAUGUCUUCUACCAAACCACUGAAACUUGCUCAAAGUAAUUGGACACACAGUGACGAUAAAGGCAAUUAAUACUUGGUUGCAUUUUUAUUUUCCUCAGGGAGAGGAUACAUAUUUUCUUCACUGGUGUGUUGUUUAAAUUUAAUCACUCUGAAUACUGAAAACAAAUGAGAGCAAUAUGUAUCUCAGAACGUUUAUGGAAGCCACCUUGGAAUACCUUUUUUAAAAUAUGCACUAAUAAAACUUCCGUCCAGUAGUGGUCAUGGGAAUGUUCUGAAUAAAUUACUUGGGAAAUCCA